AUGAGUAAUAGACAUGUACAUUCAUUGAAUCAGGGUUGUGAUGUUGGAAAUCAUUCACGACGUUCAUACAGCAGUAGCAGUAACAGUAACAACUCAACAUCGACAACAACAUCAACAUCAUCAACAACAACAAGUGUAUACAAGGACACAUAUUUGAAUGAAUCAUUCUUGAGACUGUCAACACUUGGACCUGCAUUCGCUGUCGAUUCCAAUAAUGUAGAGUUUAUACGCGAGCCUAAUGACUUUUAUGAACAGUUGAUAGAGGGCGUGAAGAGAUGUGAACGUAGAGUGGUACUGUCAUCAUUGUAUCUUGGUACUGGCAAGCAAGAGAUUAGAUUGGUCGAGGAGUUGGUGGCUGCAUGUAAACGUCAUCCUAACCUGCAAGUGCAUAUACUAUUGGACGGUCUGCGAGGCACGAGAAAGAGUCCGCACGACACCGACCCAACAAAGCAUGUGAGCUCAGCAACGAUGCUGCAGCCACUGCUUCAACAGUUCCCCGAUCGAGUGGUCAUCAGCAUGUUCCACACGCCUAACCUCAAUGGCAUACUCAAACGAGUGUUGCCACAGCGCAUCAAUGAGGUGAUUGGUGUCAAUCAUAUCAAGGCCUACGUAUUCGAUGAUAACCUGCUCAUAAGUGGCGCCAACCUGUCCAAGGACUACUUCACCAAUCGACAGGACCGCUAUGCCUGGGUGCGCAGCUCCUCAGCAUUGGCCGAGUACUUUAGCAGGGUGAUCGGAACGAUUGGAGACCUUUCAAUGAAGCUGGAUGUCUCGGGACAUGUGCGACUGCCCACUGGCUUGCUGGACCCAGUGUCCGACUCAUCAGCAUUCAAACAACACGCUCAACAACGACUAUCGACCUUAUUGCAACCAAACGUAUUCCACCCAAUCAAUGACGAUGGCAGCGCAUGCUCGCCCACGAAUAGCCUCGAGGCGAGUGCGAUUUGCAACAACAAGACAUGGAUCUUCCCAACGAUACAGAUGGGCCUGUUCAACAUACGACACGAUGAACAAUGCACAUCAUACAUGUUUGAGAGCGUGCCGCCCACCUCCAAGCUGUACAUCACAUCGCCAUACUUCAAUCUAACAAAGAACUACCUGCGCCUGCUACUCUCGGGCAAGCCCGCAAUGGACAUCAUCACUUGCUCCCCGGAAACCAAUGGCUUCUACGGUGCCAAGGGCAUAUCAGGCGUGAUACCCGACUCAUACGCGAUCAUUGAGCGCAACUUCCUUCAGCGAGUCAAGGACACACACAACUCUGCUCGAAUCAAGGUGGACGAAUAUAUAAGGAGCAAGUGGACGUAUCAUGCCAAGGGUCUGUGGAUCACGGCUCAGGGCCAGGCCGUGCCCAGCGUCACAAUGAUUGGCAGUCCAAACUUUGGCUCACGCAGUUGCGAGAAGGAUCUUGAGGCGCAGAUCAUCCUCAUCACCGAGGAUCCAACACUACAGCGCAAGAUGGAUGAUGAGCGAGCCUAUCUCUGGACCCACACACAGCCCGCCAACCUCGAGUUGUUCAAGUCAAGGAGCAUCCCACUUUGGGUACGCAUUGGAGUGUAUCUCUUUGGAAACUUCUUAUAA